AUGAGUCCCAGGAAUUCUGUUAGUAUCAACCCCAUUGAAUUUGCCUCGGUACCGGAAGGCCCUGGAACCAAAAAUGACACGCAAUCUUUAACCGAUAGUGUAACGGACUAUCCUAUGGAGAAUGGACGAAGGUACCACAAGUACCAUGAGGGAGCGUACCCGUAUCCAAACGAUGAGCAAGAGCUGGAUCGCUUGGAUAUGCAACAUCACAUGUUCAGAUUGGUCUUGGAUAACCGGUUAUAUAACGUUCCACUCAAAGAUCCGAAGCAAAUUCUCGACGUGGGCACCGGCUCUGGAAUAUGGCCAAUGGAACUAGCGCACGAGUUCCCAGGUGCGGCAAUCACAGGGACAGAUCUUUCUCCCGUCCAGCCAUCAGAAGUUCCUCCGAACGUUCACUUCUUGAUCGACGAUGCUACAGAGGAAGAAUGGCUCUGGGAACCAGAUCACUUCGAUUUCAUACACAUAGGACACAUGGUAGGCGCCGUUCCCUCGUACAAGCAAAUACUACGGCAAGCCUUCAAACACCUCAAGCCCGGGGCGUAUCUCGAGUGCCACGAAAUCGACCUAAAACCGAAAUGCGACGACGGCACAAUGCCCCCACCAAAUAAUGAAGGUGGCUUCAGUACAUACGCACUCCAUGAUUGGUACGAUCUUAACAUGAAAGCAAGCCAGGAAGUGGAACCCUGCCGCCAGUUCCGGUUCGCGCAUCGCAUCGAAAGGUGGAUGAAGGAAAUCGGCUUCGUGGAUGUCCAGCAGAAGAUCUACAAGAUCCCGAUCAAUGCCUGGCCUACCGAUGAGAAGCUAAGGAACAUCGGGCGCUGGAACGAGAAUAACUGGCUAGAAGCGUUGUCUGGAUGGUCUUACAAGCCCUUUCUGUCGCUCGGGUGGUCGAAGCCUGAGAUCGAGGUAUUCCUCGUCGACGUCCGAAAGAGUAUUCAGGACCGCAACGUGCAUUCCUAUUUUGAUUUCUACUUGGUUACAGGCCGAAAGCCUUAUCCGCAUGAAACACAAGCUUGA